AUGGCUCAAAAUUGGGCACCAAAUUCUUAAGUCAUAAUUAAAGAGAUUAAUUAUACCACACAUGGUUUAAAUGUUUAGAUUGAAUUAUCUAAUACUUGUGCCUAUUAGUGUUUAUCCUCAAACUUUACGAAAUCAAACUAAAAUUUAUUCAGAAAGAAUAUCGGAUUUUCAUAUAACUAGACCAAAGGUACCUUGACUUCUUAUGUAUUUUGGGUUAAAUUUCAGGUGAUCAAAAUUGAUGUUUUGGGCAAAAUCAAUCUUUUUUACUCAUUCUGA